UUACGAAAUACUUAUUCACUUCGAAUAGAUAUAAAAAUGGUACAUGGUGGUCGACAAGACAUCAUUCGCUGACCAACAUCUCAACAGUUGAGUUCAGUCCCCAAACCACUGGAGCGCAGUACGUUCAAUCAAAGCCUCUCAACAUGAAGGUGUUCAUUGUGUUGUCCAUGGCUGUGGCCAUUGCAUCCUGUGCGGCAGUCGAUAGUUCCUCUAAGAAAGACAAACGUGGACUCUGGGACGAAGGGUACGAGCACGGUUCGUUUGAUCUGGGUCUCGAUGAUCAUCAUGUUGAUGAACACGAAGUGAAGCACCUGACCACCACUAUCACGAAGAACGUUCCAGUUCCAUACCCAGUCGAGGUUGAGAAGCAUGUUCCGGUUGAAGUGAAGGUGCCAUACCCAGUAGAAGUUGAGAAGAAGGUACCAGUUGUUGUGGAAAAGAAGGUUCCCGUCUACGUCGAGAAGAAGGUUCCAGUCCACGUUGACCGCCCAGUGCCGUACCCAGUGGAAGUGAAAGUCCCAGUUGUCCAGAAGGAAUACAUCGAAGUGCCGAAACCGUACGCAGUUCAUGUUGAGAAGCACGUUCCAGUGUAUGUACACAAGCCAGUGUACAUUGAGAAGCCAGUUCCAGUGACCUUGCUCAUCAAGAAGACUGAAAAGAAGAAGGGCUGGGGACUGUUCUAAGAAUGAUCCUGUUGAUUUGUUGAAUAAACGUUGUAAAUAUUGUUAAAAAGUUGAA